GGUAUGCGUGAGUAGCGGCACACCGUUUUGGCAUCUGUGUGGCAACAAUCGGAGCGAAGGCUAGGCGCUGGUUCUUGCCCAAAAACUGAAGAAUUUGGAGCGUUUGAUGAAGGACGAAGUGGACGAUACUUUGGACGGGACUAAUUUCCGGACCGAGAGCGCCAGGAUUGUUGAGGUGGAGAAUGGUAAACCGGACAAGGAGUACAGGGCAAGUGUACAGAUCCGGAUCAAUGGUGAUGAUUCCGUUGGUGCGAUUGGAACCAUCUCUCGGACCAUGACGUUCCCCUUCCGAAAAGACGCAAAGGCAGAUGAACAUGCCGAAAAGACGGUAUCGCAGAUGCGCCCAUACGACGAGUUCAUCGCCGAGGCACAACGCAGGUUCACCCCGACCAGCCCGUUAGAGGUAGAUAGUAGAGUUUCCACCAGGGAUUUCUGCGGGGUCACCGGCUAUCUGUCCAACACUGAUGGAGGACCUUCGACACGUUCGCAAAGUGGAAACAAGGCCGCCUAUUUUUAUAUCGAGUCUUUGAGCGUCCGGACUGUUUCGGGAAUGUAGCAGACUUGAUCCGCUGGAUUGCGUUCCCUUCCCUCACCGAUGGC